GGUCGGCAUCCUCUCGUCGGCUUCCCGAGCGAAGUGCUUGCAAGAAAAAGGAAGACGGCGGCUUCUUUUCAUGUAGCUUUCCCUUCGCGAGAUCGCCAUGGGAUCCAAUUCCCCACGGCCAGGUGAUGCUCCACCACCAAAACCCUGGGAACGGGCUACAACUACAUCUGGACCUCCUGCACCUUUCAAGCCCCCAUCUUCUGGCAGCACAAGCGACAUUGUUGAAGCCUCUGGAACUGCAAAACCUGGAGAGGCGGUUCCAAGUACCGAGAGGAGUGUGUUGCCAAACAGAAACACUAUUGGGAGGCCUCUACCUUCGAGACCUUGGCAGCAGAACUAUGGAACUAGUUAUGGAGGAUAUGGCUCAAAUAUAAAUUACAAUUCAGGCUAUGGCUCUGGCAUGUACAGCUCAUAUGGAGGAUUUGGUGGAUCCGGUGGGCUUUACGGUAAUAACAUGUACUCAGGAUAUGGAGGGUUAUAUGGAAAUUCCGGAAUGUAUCCAGGAAGCAUGUAUAACAGUGGGUUUGGGGGGGCCAUGGGUGGCUAUGGGAUGGGCAUGGGUGGUCCUUAUGGUAACCCAGAUCCAAAUAAUCCAUAUGGCCCUCCUUCUUCCCCACCAGGCUUUUGGAUGUCCUUCAUCCGAGUGAUGCAAGGUGUUGUUAAUUUCUUUGGCCGAAUCUCAAUCCUCAUUGAUCAAAACACACAGGCCUUUCACAUGUUCAUGUCAGCUCUCCUGCAGCUCUUUGAUCGUUCUGGUUUACUAUACGGUGAACUUGCGAGGUUUGUUUUGAGGUUACUAGGGAUCAAAACAAGGAGCAGGAAACACCCUCAACUGGAACCUGGUAGACUUCCCGGUCCGGAUGGGAAUGGGCAGCACUACAUUGAGGGCCCGAAAGCUGCCACUGGGUCUUGGGACAAUGUUUGGGGAAAUGAUGUUAAGGAAGCCAGUUAAGAUGCGGUAAGCCAAUGGCUGUGGGAAGUUGAAGCUCCCCAGAGGGAAACGGGAUAUAUGAUAUGUCAUAUGUAUGAUCAAGAAAAUCUGUGGAUACUUGCCAAACAAUGUUCGUAUAGCUGCCCUGAUGUAUGUCGUGUUCUCAACUGUUUCAUGGUUCGUUGGUUCAUUAGCUCUAAGACUAAAUUUGCUAUUUGUAUUGAAAUAAAUUUUCAAUGAUGUUUGGGUCAGCAGUUGCUUGAUAUG